AGUCUAGCAUGACACACAUGUUACACAUGUAACUCUUUAAGGAUUUUAGAUGUAAUCCAAGCUUUCACCAUGGAUGGGGAUUUGAAACCCCAAUUACUUUACGGGGCCAAAUAUACCAUCAAAUCCUCCCAAAUUCAUGGUGCCAAAUGACCCCUAAUGUUCUCGGUUGCAAACAAAAAUGCGGCCAACUCAGAACUCAAGUGAGCUAUGCCACAAAUGUUAUAGCUGGGAUGUGGACACCCAUGGUAAAAUCCUUCCAGGUUGUAUUUGAGCCUACCACAUUUUGUAUGUCAUCUAAUCCAUUCGAAAGAUGCAUCUGAUUAGGAUGAUUGGACAUUAAAGGCCAGGUCAUCAGUUUAUCCAGCUCAUAUUAGUAGGUCACGCCAAAAAUGAGGCAGAUCCAAAACUUAAUGGGACCACUCCAUGGAGUGUGGAUAGAAAUGCCCACCACUAAAACCCUCUUAGGGCCCACUAUAUUGUUUAUAUGCCAUUCAAACCAUUGAUCAGGUCAUUCUAUGUGUGUGUGUGGGGCAUGCUCACCUUUAUGCAUAUGUCAUGGGCGUCUAAUCCAAACGGUUCAUGUGAUGUGGCAUCCCAUGAAACCCUAAGGUCUAAUUUUCACCCUGAUCUAAAACUUUGGUGAGUCAUAGCAAAGAGACGUAAAUCAAGGCAGGAAAUUGUUUUCUUUUUUCAUAGCCCACCAAAGUUUGGGCUCUAAAAGUCUCACGGGGUGCUACAUCACACGUGGACUGUUCAGAUUAAGGAUGCACAUCAAGUAUGAUGUAUUCUCAAAAAGUUCUCAUGAGAACUAGUGCAACUGAUUCCAAGACUUUUGUGGCCCCAUGAAGUUAAACGUUGAGCAUUUCAACCCAACAAUUUCGUAUUAGUGUAGUGUAUUUGAGUUGUGGAUUUGUUUCAUUUUUCAAAUCAUGUCCUAACAUGAGCUAGAAAAAUUAAUGGACCGUGUAGAUUUCUCACACAUAUCUUGGUAGGCCCCUUGUAGCUUCCAACGACGUGAACUUGACUGCUCGCCUGCUGGCUGGACUAGGAAUCCACGAGAAGAGGAGGGCCGCGCAUGAUAGGUUGAGUUGACGUCACUAAAACAUUGUCAUUUCGUGCAAGGUCAUUUUCCCUCCUAUGGCCACAAGCUGAGGUGUAUGAUUUGAACUGCCCAUAUUCUAGCCAGGAGCAACCAACUAUUGGUCCAUAAUCAAGCUUGUUUCUCUUCCUUCCUCUCCUCAGCUUCUGAAAAGUGAAGUCAUAUAAACGGAGAUUUUUACAGCAUUACUUUCAACGGUGCCUUCAUUUCAUUCCUCUGCUGCUUUCAAAAGCACCGUUAUCUCCCAUCCAUCUAUCUAUCUAGAAUGGACUUGUGGGAAAUCAUUCUCUUCUUCUGGGCUCCUAUUUCUCGGCACAUCGGUUAUUUCAAAGACCUCAACAACAAUGUAGAGACUCUGAAAAGGAAAACGAAAAAGCUAAAACGCAAGCAUGAUGAAAUUCAAGCAGAAGUCGAGGAUGCUAUACCAGUCGGAAAGAGACAGAAAGCCCUUGUGGAGAAUUGGCUCACGGAAGUCAGAAAUACCGAAAACCAAGUUGAUUCAAUAAGAUUGGAGCUGGCACUAAGGAGAAUAUGCACCCAUCACUCGUCUCGUUAUACAUUGGGAAAAAGGGUCGUUGAAAAGCUCGAAGACAUCAAAAAGCUCAACAAAAAACUCAAAGUAAAAGGGGUCUUCCAUGAGGUGGCUGAGAGCAGUCGACAUCCAAGGGUGUUGGAAAAGCAAACAUCACUACCACGAGGACAACAAAGCACGUCUGGGCGAACCUUGGAGGAGAUAUGGCAAUGCUUAAACGAGGAAAAGAAUGGAAUCAUAGGUAUUUGUGGGAUGGGUGGAAUAGGAAAAACCACUCUCAUGAAAGAAAUAAACAAUAGGUGCACCAAAACACGUGACUUCGAUGUCGUGAUUUGGAUAACUGUGUCCAAGGAUCUCAACUUGGGAUUAAUCCAAGAGGAGAUUGGAAACAGAUUGGGUAUGAAAUUUGACGGAAACGAAGAUAAGGGGGACAAGCUGUUUGCUCGGUUGAAGAAUCUUAGGUAUCUGCUCAUCUUAGAUGAUCUAUGGGAUUCAUUUAGCUUGGUUCAAGUUGGAAUUCCCAAGCCAGACAAGCAAAACAGAUGCAAGAUCGCGAUAACAUCCCGAUCCGUCACAGUGUGCAAUGCAAUGGGGGCUGAUAAGUCUAUUAAAGUCAGAGCUCUUACGCCUGAGGAAGCGUGGAAUUUGUUCAGUGAAAGAUGUGGGGAUGUAGUUCUGUCAUCCGAGAUUCGACCGGUAGCUGAGGACGUUGCAAAGGAGUGCAGUGGAUUACCGCUUGCGAUUAAGACAGUGGGUAGGGCCAUGUGUGGCAAGGAUAAGAAAGAGGUAUGGAGGAAUGCAUUGAGGGCAUUGAAAGGAGCAUCACCUGAGGUUCCAGGUAUGGAGCGUGAGGUGUUUCUUCCUUUGAAACUUAGUUACGAUUGCCUAGAAAAUGAUAGGAUCAAAUCAUGUUUCCUGUAUUGUUCAUUGUUUCCGGAAGAUUAUCAUAUACCAAUAGAUGGGCUAGUAAGAUACUGGGCAAUGGAGGAAGGAUUCAUAGAAAAUGUGAAUAACUUGGAAGAAGCAUCAAACAAGGGCCAUGACAUCAUUGAAAGAAUCAAGGACGCAUGCCUCUUGGAGGAUUGGUCUCAAAUAUCUAAAUUUGUUAGGAUGCAUGAUUUGCUCCGUGACUUGGCUAUUUGGAUCACUUCAUCGUCAUCCAUGGAAGGCUCAAAAUUCCUUGUGAAAGCCGGGGAGGGACUAGUGCAGCCACCGGAAGAGAAUAUGUGGAGAGGGGUUGUAAGGAUUUCAUUGAUACGCAACAAGAUAGAGCAUCUGAAAAUUUCACCUGCUUGUCCUAACUUGAUCUCCUUGUUCCUCAAUGAAAACUAUCAAUUACGUACCAUUCACAGUAAUUUCUUCGAGCUCAUGCCAAAACUACAGAUCCUUGAUCUAAGUUCUACUGGCAUUGAAUCUCUCCCGAUGUCAUUAUUGCAAUUGGUGAAUCUACGUGUGCUCAUUCUAAGCUCAUGCAGAGAUCUAGUGGAGGUGCCGCCAUUGGGAGAGCUGAAGGAACUCCAAAUUCUUGAUCUCUCAUAUUCUGGCCUCAAAAACUUCCCUCAAGGCAUUGAAAGCUUGGUUAAACUCAAGAGGUUGGAUAUAUCAGAGACUUCAUUCACUGCAAUUCCCUACACUAUGAUAUACGGGCUAACUAGUCUGGAGGAAGUAAGCAUGAUGGAUUUGAAGGAAAACGUCGACGGAGCUACUUUCAGUGAGGCUGUGAACAUGAAACGCCUGAGAUCUUUACGUAUCAGUUUGUCCAGUCUUAAUGGCUUCAUCGCACAUGAUAUGUUCCAUAGAUGGUUUUCGGGCUUGACAAGUUUCCUUGUUGAUGUUAACAAAAGAUUUUUCCGGCAGCUUUCUAAUAAGCAGAUAAGCAUUUGUGAAUGUGACAAAUUCCCCUGCGGGAUUGAGGGGUUGACAAAACAUGCAUUCUCUUUAGACUUGUAUAAAAGCAAAGGUUUAACAAGUCUUUCUAAGUUCCAAGGCGAUUUAAAGAGCUUAAGAAAACUUCGAGUCAGUGAAUGCAGUGGAGUGGAAUGCUUUAUAGACUGGAGAGAGGUUGGAGAUGGUGCAUUCCAAUGUUUACAGAGGUUGGAUCUCUAUCAUUUACCAAACUUGGAGAAGGUAUUCGAUGGUGGAGCGCCUCCUCCGCUGAACACAAGCCUGCAAAACCUCAGAAUAAUACGGGUUUUUAAUUGUGAAAAGUUAAGUAGUCUCUUCUCUUCUAGUAUGGUAGAGCAACUACAUCAGUUAGAGGAGCUUGAAAUAAUUCAAUGUAUCCAAAUGAAAGAGAUUAUAGAAGGAGACAAGCUGCCCCAUAAUUCAUUCCCAAAAUUACGCAUCCUAGAAUUGGAUAGAUUACCAGAAUUGGAAAGCAUUUUCAGCCAGCGAUUUAUGUUUAUAUCUUUGGAAGAUAUGAAAGUAAUUUCCUGUCCAAAGUUGAAGAAGCUCCCUCUCUUCAGCUCAAGCAUCCAUGAAAUAAAAGGAGUAAUAGAAGGCGAGAGAGAAUGGUGGGAAGGAUUAGAGUGGGAAGACGAGAAGGCCAAGUCCCUCUACACCAGAAUUUACAAGGCUAGUUGAUUUGCAAAUGAAGAAG